AUGGAUAUCAACUUAUACAUUCAUAGUAUUGAAAUAGAAUUUAUAACAAAUAACAAGAGAAUAUAUAAUAAUGAAGAGGAAGACAAUGAAGAUGAUAAUAUUGUUUAUUGUUUAAAUAUCAAAGUGGAAGAUCAUUUAGAGGACAACAAUUCAAAAGAAAAUUUUUAUGAAACUCCUUGGUAUAUGUGUGUAAAAAUGGGAGAUAAGGAAGUAUGUAUGAUGUCAUAUGAAAUGAACAUUACUCAUAUAUUCAAUUUAUUAGAAAAUAAUGAAAUUCUUACCCUAUAUAUUUUAAGAAAGAAUCUCAAGAAUGAUAAAAUAGAAGUUCUUCAUAGAAACGAAUUACACAUUAAAGAUAAAAAAUAUUAUGACAGUGAAAAUUCAAUAAGUUUUGAUAAUGAUAAUAUAAAAGGAAAAAUAAAAUUAUAUUUAAAAAAUGCUAUUGUAUACAAUCAUUUAUUAAAAAAAAUUCAGUCUGAGGAAUUUUUAAAAAAUGACUUUUCAUGGAAAAGUGAAAUAAAUAAUAUCAAAAAUAUGAACAAACAAAUAUUAUUUGAUGAUAUAAAAAUAAGUGAUGAUAUAAAAACAAGUGAUGAUAUAAAAAUAAGUGAUAAUAUAAAAAUAAGUGAUGAUAUAAAAACAAGUGAUGAUAUAAAAAUAAGUGAUGAUAUAAAAACAAGUGAUGAAAUAAAAACAAGUGAUAAUAUAAAAUCAAAUGAUCCCAUACAAUCCAGUGACCACAUACAAUCCAAUGAUCAUAUAAAAUCAAAUGAUAAUAAUUUGCUAUCACAAAAUAAAUACAUAAGUACUAUAUUAGAUAAUUUAUUAAAUACAAAAAGAACAUUAUAUUGGGUAUAUAUAGAUGAUGAUAAUAAAGAACAAGGACCUUUUAAUAGCUAUACUAUUUUUAAUUGGGUUAGCAAUGAAUAUUUCGAGGAUAAUACUUUAAUAAGACUACAUGACCAAAAGGAAUAUUUUAAAUUAUACCAAGUUAUUGAGUAUAUCGAGAAGAAUGUUUUGCUAUAUGGUGAAUACGAUGCUUUAUUUAAUGAAACAGAAAAAGAGUGUGAAAAUAAUUAUUUUUUAAAUAAUAACAAAAAUGAUGAUGGUAUGAAUAAUAUAUGUAAGAGAGAUGUGUUACAAGAAAUAAAUAAAAUAUCCAAUGUGCAAAAUAUAAAUAUAAAUGAAUUGAAGGAUACAACAAAUUGGAAACACAUUAUAUAUAAUGAAAAAGAAACGAAAGGUAUUGAAAAUAAUUUAAAAGAUGAAAACAAAACAAAAAAUAUAUAUAUACAUAACAUAAAGGAUGAUCAAAAUAAUAAUAUAUAUUACGAACCUAUAAUAUUAAAUAAAGAUCAUAUUAUUGAGAAUAAAUUGAUUGAAAAAGAAAAAAAAUAUUUAACUUUUAAUAAUAGCCAUUUUAAUAAGAUUGAGAAAAAUGGGAAACAAAAAAAUGAAGUAAAAAUGUUGAAAAAGGAAAUUAAAAAAAUAAAAAAAGAAAUGAUUAAAUUGAAGGAAACAUAUAAUAAAGAUAUAUAUAAUACUACAUACGAUUCAAUGGAUAAGGUUUUAUAUUCUGAUAAUAUAUCUAAGGAACAAAAUAAUUUGGAAAAUACUAAUGAUGAUAUUAAAUCAAAUCAAUAUAAAAAUAAUGUGACAGAUAAUAAAAAUAAUGAUUGUACAAACCUCAAAGAUAUGGAUACUAUGAAAGGAAAAACAAAUAAAAAUAAUAUUGAUAAUAUUAAAUUAAAUAGUGAUAUCAUGGAAAAAGAUGAAGAUGUGAACUGUAAAACAGAUGAUCAAUAUGCUAGGGAAAAAAAUGAAGAGAAUACAAAAAAUUUAUUAAUACAAAAUGAUACCGAAAAAAUGUUAACAGAUACAUCUUUAAAGGAUUCUACAAAAUUGCUUUCAAAUGUUAUGAGAAAUGAUAAGGAAAAAAAUAUACAUAUAUUAAGUGAUGUUACAUAUGAAGAGGACAAUAAAAAAAAAAAAUUUAUUGAAACAGCCAUGUCUAGUAUUAAUGAAGCUCAAAAAUGUAUAUUAAAAAUUAGAAAAAAAAAAAUGACCACAUUUCUAAAUAAAAUAAUGAGUACUCCUAUUCAUACAAAAACAACACAUUGGAGUUAUGAAAAUUUACAAUUGCAUGGGAAAAAAUAUAGUAGUUUUAAUUUAAAAAAUGAUGAAAAAAAGAAUAUUAUUUACAAAAAUGAAAAUUCAUUUGAUAGGAGUGAAGCAAAUAUAUCAUACAUACAUGAUAAAAUAAAAACCAGUACAACCAAAAAUAAUAGUAAUAAUUAUCAUAGUAAUUGUAGUUAUUAUGAUUUUCAUUCUUCCUUAGAAAUAUCUGAGGAAGAAAAAAUCGAAAGAAACCAAAAAAUUGAAGAUAAUAAAUGGGAUAUUAUUUAUCAAGAUCUACCUAACAAAACAACAAAUAAUAUACAAAUAUAUAUACAAGACAAAACACACACAAAAAAACAAAGGAUAAAAGUACAUAUUAAUAAUUUAGUAAAUAAUACUAAAAUUAUAUACAUAUAUAAUACGACCUUAGAAUGGUUUUUAAAAUGUAUUGCUUUAAUACAACAUAAUAUAAGAAAAUGGUUAGUAAAAAGAAAAAUAUUAAGAAUACAUAAUAUAAAAAAAAAAAAUAAAAUAAAAAAUAAAUCUUACACAAUAUCAUCAGGUCAUUCUUCUUCAAAUAAUAAUUAUAAUACAAAUGAUCUUCCUAACGAUAAUAAUAUAAAAGAUAAUUAUAUAAAAUAUAACCCUUCAUCUGCAGAAAAUUAUGAAAAAACUGAUUUCGAACUUGAAGAUAAUAAAUUAUAUUAUGAACAAGAGGAACAGAAGAAAAUAAAGGAAAGUGUAAAUAAAAUAAAAAAACUAUUAAGUAUGCAAAAUAAAUUAAAACAUAAUGGAAACUAUAAUAAUUUUAGUAACACAAAUAAUAAUUAUAUAUACAAUUCAAAUAUGUUUCCUAGGGAACAACAACAAAAUUAUAAAAAUGGAAUAAAAAACAAAAAUAAUGGAAUUCAUAAUUUUGUUUCCCCAUGUAAUAAUAAACUUAAAACAUUUAAUAACGAUUUAAAUAUGGAGGUGGAAACAAAAAAAAAUGAAAAGAGGGAAGAUUUAAAUGUUGAAUAUAAAGAAAACAAUAUAUAUGAAUACAAUGAAGAAAAAGAAUAUGAGAAGAAAGAAAAGGAAAAACAAGAAAAAGAUGAUAAAAAAAAUAAAAUAUACGAACAAUUAUUUAAAAUGAGAUAUAUUAAUACAUAUCAAGAUCAAAAUGGUACCAUACCAAUAAAAAGACAUAAUAUUGCAACUGCUGAUAAAAAUAAACUUUUAAAUAAUAAUAAUAAUAAUACGAUUAAAAGAGGAGACCAAUUAUAUUUAAAAAAAAAACAAAAUUUGAAUAUUAUGCAUGACCGUUUAAAUGAAAUAUUUAAUAGAUAUGAAAAUCAAAAUUAUGGCCCAUACGACAUGAGAACUAAUAAAAAUAAUGGUGAUAGUAAUAAUAACAACAACAACAAUAAUAAUAAUAAUGAUAAUAUUAUUACUGAUCAUAAUAAUUAUGAUUAUCCCCAUAAAAAAGAAGAAACGAUAAAAAAUGAUAACCAAUAUAGUAAUAAAACAAAUAAUAUUCAAAAGGAAGAUUUCUCAUUUAAUAGAAAAGAUAUUCUUUUAAAUAUUGUAAAUAAUUUUAAAUUUGAUAAUAUAUUAAUUGAAAAAAAAAAAAAUUGCAAAUUACAAAUAAACACAGAAAAAAAUUCCAUAUAUUCUGUGCAGGAGUUUCUAAAUAAGAUCAAAGAAAAGGCACCAAAGAAAACAAGUAUAAAUAAUGAAGAUAUAACAAAAAAUGUAAAUAAUAACAAAUUUAAUAUUAUCAAGUUGAAUGAUUAUGACAAUAGUAAGAUUACUCAUCUUCGAAAUAUAGAAAAAAGUCCAUGUGAUACAAAUGUACACAGAAUGUUAUCGAAUAAAAAUUUUAUGAAAAGCAAGGAUUUUUAA